AUGUGGCAACAGAACCUUGAGCUGGACUUUGAGACAAGGCACGAGGAAGAUCGCCUGUGGGAAGACAUGCUUGUUAGGGACUUCAUGUGCCACGACGUGGCUUGCCUCCAUCGAGAUGUUCCGCUGAGGACAGCUGCCAAGAUUCUGGCCAAUCUGCGAAUAAGCGGAGUCCCUGUUGUGGAGGCAUACGAAGGGGACUCGUAUGGAGCGGGGCAACUGGUUGGAGUCCUCUCACAACGGGAUAUUCUAUGGAAAGAAACCGUACCUUAUCCAGGGGAGGACGACCACAUGCACCGAAUUUAUGAAGGUCCAAUGUCUCCUGUUCUGUGUGCCCAAAUGAGGAAGAUAGCAGCUAAAACUGUUGGAGAUGCCAUGACAUCAGACACCCUUUACAUUGAAGAGGACGCCCUGAUAUCAGAUGCUGCUGAAUUGAUGCUUAAUCACAAUAUUGCUCGUCUUCCUGUCGUCGCUCCUCGUGAAGACAAUAAGCCUGGCAUGACAGUCGUGGGAAUUAUCACCUGCCAUGACAUUCUUCGUCAUGUCAUGCGGCUGAUGUGA